AUGUACUAUCUGGGGGCUGUCCACGCGCCCAAGGAAGAGUCCAUCAAGGUAUUUCAGGAGAUCGCACUUGAUCUCAAGGAAGAACUUCUCCACAUCCGACGUGAACACCAGAAGCAUGAGCCCGAGUACUUCCACGCCGUUGAACACCUCAACGAUCACCAGCUCGCCGCCUUUGGCCCAGACAACUUCGUGGCCGUAAGAGUUGCCAGCUCGGCCUACGGGAUCCAUCUUUUUGGCAAGGUCCGCAUCCCAGCGCUUCCCGAGUCGGGGCCUGCCUAUAUUCACUUUCGUGCCUUCGUGCCUGGAGGUGAGCCGCCAAGACUUCAUAGCAUUCACACAGAGGAGACAGAGCACUCGGAUGGGGAUAAAACGUACAGGGCCAUUUUCACCAAAGACGAUGAUCUGUAUUGGUUUGACACAUAG